CCCAGACUGAUUGACCGUAUAAUCAGCCAGACGGGACUUUUACCCGAAUUGCAUACUCAGAAUGCCCGAUGUCCCAAAGCUGGGUCCAAUCAACGACUGCGCCUUGUACAGGCAUAUCAUCCUCUUUGCGAUUGCAACUCUCCGGAAAAUACGCCCCUUUGAAGGAAGCGUUCUGAUGUUAACAGAUCGGAUCUGUGUCAAAUACGGAAAACUCGUAGACUUGACAGAGGCACUUACUAUGCGUUUUAUCUCACAAAAACAUCUAUACCAGUUCCCCAAGUCCUCUGCGCCUUUACACAUCGGAAUUGCACCUACAUAGUGAUGGAGAGAAUCAAAGGGAAUUACAUUGGUGCCGGAUGGGUUCAUCGCAGUGAGGAGUCAAAGGCAAAGAUUCUUACUCAAUUAAAGAGUAUGGUCGAGGAGAUGCGAAAACUCCCACCCCCAGUAGGUAUGGGUGUGGGCUCUGUUGUGGACGGGUCGCUCUACGAUGGUCGUGUGCCGGGCACUUCCCUACGGUUUGGGCCUUUUGCCAGUGUCCAGGAAUUCCAUCGACAUUUGCGAGGUGGGAUGGAUUUCGAUCCAAGGCUUGAUGCGGCAGUACAAGAGUUGAUCAGACAACACGAUCAAUCUUUUCCUAUUGCAUUUACACAUGGCGAUCUCAGUAGCCUCAAUAUUCUGGCCCGCGGGGAUACGAUUGUUGGAAUUGUCGACUGGGAGACUGCGGGCUGGUAUCCGUCUUAUUGGGAAUAUACUACAGCUUGCCAAGUCAAUCCUCAGAACUCGUUUUGGAUCAAUGAAAUCGAUAAGUUCAUCACUCCUUUGCCGGACGAACUAGCAAUGGAACGAACUCGCCAGAAGUAUUUCGGAGACUAUUGAGCAGUAAUUUUCUCCUUGAUUACUUUAGACUAUAGUCUCCGAUCGUCUUAUUCCUUUGUGGAUUUGAGCUUGCUCACAUUGAUUUCAAGAUGCUUCCUUGGCAGCAUCGCAUUC